CCAUCAUGUUUGCGACAUUAUUCCUUCUUGCGGCCCCGUUCGCUCUUGGCCAGUCAGAUAUUGCUCUUUCGCAGGAUAUCCAGAAUGUCCUCGCUGUCAGCAACAGCUCUCUGUAUACCUAUCCCACCGAUCUGACUCAGGGAAUUAUGCCAAAGAACAUUCAUUCUCACAAUGACUACUGGGUGCGUCCUGAUUAUCCAUUCUGGACCGCUCUUUCCAAUGGUGUCGCCUCAGUGGAAGCUGACGUGUGGCUUUAUAAUGGUACCCUUUAUUCUGCAUUGACACAUGCACGCACGUUCGACUCCCUCUACAUUCAACCUAUUCUCUCUGUCCUCAAGAAGCAGAACCCUAGCUCUCCCUUCGUGACCACACCUACUCACAACGGCGUCUUCGACACAGCAGCCGGUCAAACUCUUUACCUGUGGGUCGAUGUCAAAACCAAUGGCAGUGAAGCCUGGCCCUACGUUGUCAAGGCUCUUGAGCCUCUCCGUCAGGGCGGCUGGCUCACAAAGUAUAACGGAACCGGAAUCACCAAUGGUACUGUCACUGUGAUCGGAACCGGUAACACCCCUAGAGACCAAGUCGAAAGCCAGAACAACCGCGACUACUUCUUCGAUGGGCCUCUAUCCACCCUGAACAGCUCGGCAAACUCGAACAUCACUCAAUUCCUUUCCNCCAUUGCAAGUACCAGUUUCUUGCAGUCGUUCGGUUGGCCAAAGGAUGGCAAGCUCAACGACACCAUGUUGGCCAAGCUGCGUGGACAAAUCAGCUACGCGGCUGCCAAGGGGAUCCAAACCAGAUACUGGGUGAGUUUUGAUGCGUUGCUCAUGUAUUUACAUGUACUGACACUUUCUAGGNAAACUCCCAACUGGCCCAUCAAGGACAGAAAUGCCAUCUGGCGUCUUCUCUGGGAUGAAAACUCCUACCUCAUUAACGCUGAUGAUCUUGUUGGAGCCGCAAACUUCUGGGAGGGUGAUUAC